AUGUUGCUCCCUGCGCCCCUCUCACGACAGAAUUACGGCAACGAGGAUUCCCUUGCUCGCCGCAUGAUCGAUGUCUUUCUACGUACCUGGGAUUUGGGUUUUACUUCGUUCGGGGGCCCGCCUGUACAUUUCCAAAUUCUCUAUCGCAGGUUCGUGGAAGGGAAGGGAGAGAAACAAAGAUGGGUGGAUGAACAGAUGUAUCAGGAACUCUUCGCUAUCUGCCAGGGCCUUCCUGGUCCAGGCAGCACCAAGAUGCUAUUCUGUCUCGUCUUGCUUCAUGCGGGUUUCAUUCCGGCUAUUAUGACGUUUCUGAUUUGGAGUCUCCCCGGGGCAGCGGGCAUGUAUGCACUCUCAGUGGGUGUCCAAAACCUUAGUCGAACUCUCCCUGAUCCAGUCUAUGCCCUCCUUUCGGGACUCAACGCUGCGACCGUCGGUAUUGUGGCGGUUUCCGCAGUGCAGCUUUCAGAAAAAGCAAUCCAGGACAAUAUUUCACGCAUACUUAUUAUUUUUGGCGCCUGCGCGGGUCUCUGCUAUAAUGCCCUGUGGUACUUUCCGGUGUUGAUGCUUAUUGGUGGUCUUGUUAUAGCUACUUGGGAUGGGUGGCUAUAUUCUCAACUACAGAGGACGAAGAUUGCUUGGAAGAAUAGGCAUAAACGUCCAGCAGAUUCCGAGGAGGCGAACUCGAGCUCUAUGGUGAUGGAGUCUACACAGUCUACACCACCGGGACUAGUGGAACGGAACGAAAGGAUACGAUCAAGGAAAGUCAGCCCGGAUGAAACCUUGCCACAGUGCUCUGGGGCUUUGGUGAAUUCGACACGGUCGACACAGACUGGAACAAGUCAAUCGCCAAAAUAUGGUAUUCGCGUCCGGUCUGGGCUUGCUAUCCUAGCUGUCUUCUUUGCCUCGUUUAUCGCAAUCCUUGUCGCUAGAGCCAAAUUGACCCGUCCCCCCUCCCCCUUGAUCUAUUCGCUAGUAUGUACCUCGCUGGAACUUCCGGGUUGGGUUUCUAGUCGCGACUUUCUAAUCGGCCUGGCCAUUAUCCAAGCCUUUCCGGGACCCAACUUCAACUUUGCGGUCUUUUUGGGUUCUCUCGCCCUGCAGCAUUCCCAAUUCCCAACUGUCUUUGGCGCAUUUCUAGGCUGGCUAGGGAUUUUUGUCCCGGGAAUUACUCUGGCUGUUGCAAUCCAGAGUUUCUGGAGUGUGUUGCGGAAGAGGAGAUCUGUGAUUCGCUUCCUGCGAGGCGUCAACGCUACAGCGAUCGGCUUAGUGUUCACUGCUGUGUACCGGCUAUGGGGGAUAGGCUAUUUGACAGCGACCAAUAGCGCUGGACAAAGUCUGGCAAAUGAGCCGUGGUGGUUAGUGAUCACGACGGUGUCAUACGCAGGCAAUGCAUGGUUCCGAUUACCUCCAGCUGUGUCGAUUAUUAUUGGCGCAUUGCUGGGGCUGUGCUGGUACGGAGCUGUGGGGCGGUAG